GUCACAUCGCAAGGCCCGCCUCCAUGUCGGAAACCACGUCGGAAGCACCGGAGCGGAUGGUGUGUUGACGGUAGUUGCUGCUGUUGCUUUUUUAGUCACUGUUUAGUCAUUCAUCGUGAGAUUAGUUGUCAUUAGGUGGUAAUUGUUGUGUUUGAAACUACCACAGUCAUUCUCAUGCAAGGACUAAGCCAAGAAUACGUUGUAUAUAUACGUUUAUUUAUGGUUUGACGUACAACUCCACUGAAUUGAAUGGAAAUGGCGGAGUGUGGACUAAAACAACGAAACACACAACACACAACCCCAUACAAACCCCUGGUGCUCUGGUAUGUACCAGCUCUGUAGUGACGAAUCCAUGUGGACUGUCAGACAUGGAAGGUGAGGGAGCCCUGGAGGCACUUGGUGAACAGUUGUAUAGUUUGAUCUAUCUCAAACAUGCAGAAAUCGCUGGGAAACUCACAGGCAUGUUGUUGGAGCUUCCCGGGCCGGCUCUGAGCCAGAUGUUGGAGGACGAGGCCCUCCUGGCGGGAGCCUUAGAGAAAGCCCUCAGCGCCUUGGACAAACAGCUGGUGCCGAGUAAUUACAAUGAUGAAGAGAAUGUUUCUGGGUCUUCAGACUCCCUUGGAGAUCAACUGUUUGAGCUUGUGGACACCUACAACACUGGGCACUCCCAUAAAAUAACCGGUAUGCUUCUCGAGCAGCACAAAGAAACCGUUUUAAAACUGUUCUCAGAACCUACACUGUUACAAGAGCAGGUGAACCUCUCCCUGAAGACACUUAACGAGCAAGAGUUGGAGACCUGUAUGAGUGACCCAUCGCUCAUGGAAGACAUGGAUAGACUAGGAGAGAAUCUGUUCUUGCUGGUGGAGAGGCUGGAUUCAGUCCACGCUACUGACAUCACAGGUAUGCUGCUGGAGAUGGACCCCUCCACCCUCCCACAGCUACUGAGAGAUAACAAAGCGCUGGAAGGGGCGGUUCGGAAAGCACAGGCAGCACUGGAGAAUUUCAAGUCCUCUGUUUAAAAAAGGCAUCAUGAUUGUGCACGUUCUUCAAACAGAUGAGGAUCUUAAGAGAUGCUGGGAGCAAGAGAACGGUAAAGGGUGGACCACCGUGGCUGCAGAUCAUGUGUUUCCAACCAAAAUACGUUUUAAUUGUAUGGAUGAGAUGAUUAGGAUCCACAGGGAUCUGGGACUCUUAAACACUUAGAGGAUACACCCUGUAUGCUAGACUGACAAACCCCUUUUAGAAAUAGGACAUUUGUUCACCUUCGAGGUGUAAGCUGGAAUUGUGCAAUUUCACAUGACUCAAUGCAAGUUGAAACUUUGUUUUGUUUUCUCAUUAUUUCACCAAAAUGUUGCCAGAAAAAGCAAUUUAAUCAAUACAAUGUGUUUUAAUGGAAUGCUACAGGCAUGCCACAUAACAUUUGCUCCUGUCUGACUUACUAUAUUUAAUUAAAUGUGUUACACGCAAAAUACUUACAACUUAAAUUGUAUGACUAUGUAUUUACUAUUACUCUAAUGUCCCUUUUUCCUACACCCUCUGUUUGCGCUCCUUGACUUGUGUUCAUGCAUACAAGUGCAUUAGAGGCAUGCAUUGUAGAUAUUUCUAUUUUCAAUCAUUUAAUGAUUCUCUACACAUGGAUUCUGACAUUUUCAGAAACAUUAAAGAUCAAGAGUAGGCCA